AUGCACUUAAUAGUCAAGGACAAGGCCCAGCACGCCGUUGUCUUCGAGAAGUCCACCCUUGAGAAGCUCAACAAGGAUGUUCAGUCCUACCGUCUGAUCACCGUCGCCACCCUGGUCGACCGUCUCAAGAUCAACGGUUCCCUUGCCCGCAAGGCCCUGAACGACCUUGAGGCUCAGGGUCAGAUCAAGAAGGUCGUUGGCCACUCCAAGAUGAACAUCUACACCCGUUCCGUCUCCGCCGAGUAA